AUGAGAGUUUGGCUCUUUUACUUAGGGUUUUAUGGCCUCCUGCGCGGGACAAUAGUAAAAUCUUCGCCGAGAAUCGACAUAAUAUUCCGUCGCAUAGAAUUCUUCCUUGUCGCUCAAAUACUCGUCAUCCCAGUGUUGGUGUACCAGCUCCUUGCAAAUGCGAAAUUCGAAGCCACCCGCAUCGUCCCGUUCUUCAUGAGUAUCAUUUGGCGUACCAAGAUAGAUAUUCGCGGCGAGAUCCCAAAUGAGAACUGCGUCAUUGUUUGUAAUCAUCAGUCAGGUCUCGAUAUUUGUCCCCUGCUCAAGUUUAUCCCCUUGCACGGCUCCGUGGUUACCAAAGCGUCUCUUGCGAAGAGCUUGGGUCCCGUUUCCGUUGUUUUUCACAAGCUGGGGCUGACCUUCAUCGAUCGAUCCGACCGCGAGCAGGCUCUUGCGACGAUGAACUCCAUUCAGCAACGAUUGAGCUCGAGCGAGAAAUACUGUAUCGUCAUAUUUCCAGAAGGAACGCGAGCACCAACAAAAGAACUCUUGCCCUUCAAAGUUGGGGCGUUUCAGACAGCACUGCGGGCGCGUGUGCCUAUUGUGCCCAUUGUGAUCGCUAAUCACGAAGAUUAUGCUGGGCGCGACGUUCUCCCCAUUCAAAUCCUCGAUCCAAUUUACCCCAAACAUGUAAAUUCGGAAGAGAUUGGCGCAGCUGCCAGAGAACUAUCCCUCAAGACGCGCCAGAAAAUGGGCAUCUGCUACAAAAACCUAUCUGACAAUUUAGCUACUGCAAAGAGCUGA